AUACAUGGAGAAUAUUGCCACUCAUCCUGACGAAGCAAAGUACCGCAAAAUCCGAGUGGGCAACAACGCGUUUCAGUCACGUGUGAAGGCGUGUAUAGGGGCAGACGACUUCUUCGCCGCUGUAGGGUUUGAAACACAACAGUUGCCGCAUGAAGAAUCCACCGCCGAGUUUUACGUGCUGCCUGAGUCCGGAGAUACCGUGCUUCUUGAUGUUGCCAUAGCAACCUUAAAGUCGCCUCCGCAACCGCCAGUACAUCGACAAAGGUGCGUUUGCUCAAGGGACAUGUGGAUACUGGAAUGCACAUAGCUACCAAUAAGAAAGUCUACUUGUUUUGCUUCAGCUGUUGCGCUCUUGUCGCGUUCACGUAAGUCCUUGUCGUGUGCAUAUAGGUC